AUGACUGCACAAUUUGGUACGGGUGAUAUGAGGUUAAUCUCUGUGUUGUUUUUGUUUCUUUACCUCGUUGUUCUGUCAUCUGGGGCGACAAGAUUUCCAAUGGCGAAGCCAGGGUGCAGAGAUACCUGUGGGACUGUGACAAUUCCCUACCCUUUUGGAAUUGGUCCUGGUUGUGCUCUCAAUCAAGCUUACACCAUCAAUUGUACCGAUGGAGUUGACAGUUCCAUGGACGGUUCAAGGCCAUAUCUGACCAUUCGACCGCAAGGAGGGUCCUUACAAUUCAGGCAGGUGCUGGAAGUGUCCCUGAGGGGCCAAACUGUAACCAUAAAUACUACAACAUCUGCAGUUUGCUGGGAUCAAGGGCAAGUCGAUCUGCCCUUGCUCGAUCCUGUCCUUAAUGGAACCCCUUUCUUAUACUCUCCAGAACACGACAAGCUGAUGCUUGUUGGCUGUGGUAAUGUUCUCCUCACUUUGGGUUUUGACAGUCCGGAGAUUUUGUCUGGUUGCACCUCAAUGUGUAGUGGCAGAAAGACACCCGGUUGCUAUGGCAUCAAUUGUUGUCAAGCAAGUUUUCCUUACUACAUCAGCCAAUACAGUUUGAACUUAACAGCCUCACAGAACUUAACAUCUCGUACCUGUUCAUAUGCCUUGUUUGUAGACCAAAAGUGGAACUUAGAUGAUUACUUGAACCCUUUAAAAGAUCCAUUCUUUCCUGUUGUCUGGUCCUGGACCCUCCCAAAUUAUUCAGAUAUUGAUGCCAUCUCAGGCUGCAGUCCCAAAAAUAGCUCCCUUCAAUUAGAAUCCGGGAACAUUUCCAGUUACCAGUGUGAAUGCAGAACCUUAGGAGGUGAUACUUGGUUUUAUCAGAUCAACCCAUACUUAGAUGGCGCAUGCCAAGAAGGUGCUACCAUAGGAGCAGGCGUGUUAAUUUUCAUGAUCAUUAUUUCAAUAUCAUACAAUGCACUGAAGAAGAGAUGGAACAAUAGGCGCAAAGAGAAGUUUUUCAAAAGAAUGUUACAACAGCAGUUACCCGCUGAUGAUAUUGAAAACACAAAACUUUUCACUGCAAAGGAAUUGAGCAAGGCUACUGACGGAUUCAACAACGAUCGAAUACUAGGUCGCGGUGGUCAAGGCACGGUAUACAAAGGAAUGUUGACUGAUGGAAGGAUUAUAGCAAUCAAAAAGGCUAAAAAUGUUGAUGACAGCCGCUUUGAAGAAUUCGUCAAUGAGGUGGUCAUUCUGUCACAACUCAAUCACAGGAAUGUGGUAAAGCUCCUAGGUUGUUGUUUGGAGACAGAAGUUCCUUUACUGGUUUAUGAAUUCAUCCCCAAUGGAACCCUUUACAGUCUCAUUCAUAAUCAGAAUGAUGAUGAAUUCCCCUUCACUUGGAACUUGAGACUAAGAAUAGCCUCGGAGAUAGCAGGUGCAUUGGCAUAUCUGCACUCGCAAAUCUCAGUUCCCAUCUUGCAUAGAGAUGUCAAAUCCAGCAAUGUACUUUUGGAUGAAAAGUACAUAGCCAAAGUAGCGGAUUUUGGAACUUCAAAGACCAUUGAAGUUGAUAAAACUCAUUUAACUACAGCAGUGAAAGGGACAUUUGGCUAUUUGGACCCAGAAUACUUCCACACAAGCCAUUAUACAGACAAAGGUGAUGUUUACGGCUUUGGAGUUGUUCUUGUUGAGCUAAUAACAAGACAAAAGCCAAUAUCUUCCACACCAAUAUCUUCCAUGCAAACAGGAGAAGAUAACUUUUGCAUGAGUUUGGUAGAAAGGUUUUUGAAAUCCAUGAAUCAGAAUUCUCUGCAAACGAUUCUUGAUUCUCAACUUGUAGAUGAAAGAUAUGAAAACGAGGUUAUUUUUGUUGCUAAGCUUGCACGACAGUGCCUAAACUCAACGGGGAAAAUGAGGCCAACAAUGAGGGAAAUACUUUUGGAGUUGGAAAGCAUUAAAUUGUCCAAACGUGAUUCAACUAUUGAUACAAAAUUUCAAAGUCCAAGUUGUAUUGAAAAUUUGGCUGAUGGGAUUGUUGGGAAUACUGAUACAUAUUGUACAUGGACAAGUGGAAGUGACACUGUUGAGUCAUCUUCAGAUGCUCACCCUUUUCUGUAG